AUGGCAGACCAUACAUUCUGGCAGUACAUCCGCCUCAAAGCAAUCGUUGCUUUCAUCCGUCUCGUAAACUACAUCUUCACACGUCCUCACUUCAAGCCCUCAACAACAUGCAACCGCAAACUCAUCCGCAUUGCCUCCCGCGACCUCAACCGCUUCAUCAAUGCUUGGAUUUACUACCCAAACAAUUACACCGACGCUAAAAAGUAUGGUCUUGUGAUCAAUUGGCACGGCGGUGCUUAUACUCUCCCGAAUCUGGGCAUGGACCACCAAUUCUGCGAGAAAAUAGCCGCAGAGAACAAUCUGCUUGUUCUUGACGCCGAUUACCGAAAAGCACCCGAGCACCCUCUUCCUGGAGCUGUUGAAGACGCUGAAGAUACUCUUAGAUGGGUUGAGAGCCAGGCGCAAAUGUUUGAUCUUGACAGAGUUGCCUUGUCGGGUUUCAGCUCUGGAGGUAAUCUAGCGCUCGUUUCAUCAUCUGAACUAAGGCGUGAGUUCAAGAUGAACAUCAGGGCUGUAUACGCUUUCUACCCAGGCGUUGACUUAUCCAUUCCGCCCGAGGAGAAAACAAUUCCGAAACCCAUCCGACCUCUUCCCGUGUCUUUCCAGCAUCUUCUCGCUGACGCGUACGUACCGCGUAUUGAGGACCGCAAGUCGCCCAAAGUAUCGCCCAUGUACGCCGAGGGAACCUCCUUUCCAAAGUAUGUUAUGCUUGUUGCAUGUUCUGGAGAUAUUUUCACGCCCGAGAUCGAAAUUUUUGGAAAGAAGUUGGAGCGGGCUGGUCGUGAUGUCGAGAUCGUCAGGGUCGAAGGGGCUCAUGGAUGCGAUAAGACUACGAACCCAAAGACAUUCAGGCCUGAGGCGAGAGAUUUCGCGUAUGCUAAGGUGGUCCAAAGCUUACACAGUAUUAUGCAAUAA